UGUUGUUGGUGAGAGCAAACAAUAUUGCUGUCAAUUUUGUACUCAUACACAUUACUUUCUGACAAUACGAAUGAUUUCGUCAAUCAGACAUCUAUAACACGUUUCUAGGGUAUCUAUAUAUUCUUUUGUAAGUCAAAUAAUAGAUUAAGUCGGCCAUGAACGGACUUUCGCUGAGCGAGCUUUGUUGUCUGUUUUGUUGUCCGCCAUGUCCAUCCCGAAUUGCAGCGAAACUGGCAUUUCUCCCCCCCGAGCCAACUUACUCGCUUGUGUCUGAUGAGACUGGUUCGAGAUACAGUUUACACCUGACAGAUCGAGCCGAGUGGCAGUAUUCGCAGAGAGAACUGGACUGCAUUGAAGUGUUUAUGACCAGAACCACGAAAGGCAACAGAAUAGCAUGUAUGUUUUGCAGAUGUUCACCAACAGCUCGAUUUACAAUCCUGUUUUGUCAUGGCAAUGCAGUGGACUUGGGUCAGAUGAGUAGUUUUUACAUUGGACUUGGUUCUCGUAUCAACUGCAAUAUAUUCAGUUUCGAUUAUUCAGGUUAUGGCGCUAGUUCAGGAAGACCCGCUGAGAAAAAUCUCUAUGCAGACGUAGAUGCUGCUUGGCAGGCACUGCGCACCCGCUAUGGUAUCAAUCCACAGAAUAUCAUUCUUUAUGGACAGAGCAUAGGAACUGUGCCAACUGUCGAUCUGGCCUCGCGCUAUGAAGUUGGUGCUGUUGUACUCCAUUCGCCAUUGAUGUCUGGAAUGAGAGUUGCAUUUCCUGAAACAAAGAGGACUUGGUUCUUUGAUGCCUUUCCUAGUAUUGACAAGGUACCGAAGAUAACGUCACCCGUUCUUGUCAUCCAUGGAACCGAGGACGAGGUGAUUGACUUCUCCCACGGCUUGGCCAUUCACGAACGGUGUCCGCGUGCCGUUGAGCCACUGUGGGUGGAGGGCGCUGGCCACAAUGAUGUGGAACUUUACAGCCAGUACCUCGAGAGGUUGAAACAGUUCAUCAGCAUUGACCUGGCCAGCAAUUGACUAGAGGCUGGCUUAGGAGACGACGUAGACCAUUCAGAUCUGACAGACGAACCCACAGACAACAGGACAACGCAGGUGGAGCCGGCGAUCAACGGACUGGAGAUGGAGGCCAUCAAUGAGAACCAGUCCCACGAUUCGUCGGGCGACUCGGCUGAAACUGCUGUCGAGAAUAAUAACUUUACGCUAGAGCGCAUUGUGUGACGCAGUGAACGUUAGACCUUCACCUUGCCGAGAUCACAUCUCGCUCAGCCAGAUCUCUACAUGCAAGUUCUUUUCUUGAUGAUUGGACAAAAUUAGGAUCUUUUUUUUCAUUGUUAAGCUGUAGGUUGUGAAAAGAUUUUUAUGGAAAAUUAGGCAAAUGUUAAAUAUUAAAACGGGGUAGACAAAUUUGUCUAUUUCCGAUGUUUUGAAAUUAAUUAUUUUUACUGCUAACACACACUAAAAAACAACAACUUCGUGUCUCUUGACAUUGAUGCAAAGAAUUAUUGUUAUUACUGCUAAAAAGAACUAACAUUUACUUUUUUCGUGUUCCUUAACAUUAAAACCAAAAUAAAUAUCUUUAAAAUACUUGAAGGAGAAAUUAAAAAAGGUGUAAACUCUGUAUGUGUUUGCUGUGAUUAAAUAUGCGCACAGUAAGUGCAUACAAUGUCUUAUCCUCUCAUCAAGGUCAGAGUUUGCGGUCUGGGUUGAAGCGUGUGUCACACCCAGUGCUACUUGUUCAUUUAUGCAGAUUUCUUGUGAGUCCUCAUUCAAAGCAACAGACCAUGUUGAAAUUAUUUUUUUCAAGUGUCCACUUUAUACCUGUACUUAGAGUUAUCACAACAGUUUAGUAUUGAAAAACUGGUAGUCUUUCUACUUAAAAAAAACCCAUGAGCAAUUUUAAAUUGGCUAAACAAAAAUUACUAGCAAUUUUUUUAAUUAAAAAAUAAUUGGAAAAAUUGUAGUGAAAAAUAAUCAAUAAUUUUUUUAUAUCUUCGUAAAUCUAUGAUUAAAAAAUAGUAAGUACUACUUCUAGUGAAAAAUAGCUAGUAAUUCUUAUGUGGAAUUUAAUUCUUAAUUUGAGAAAUAAUUAGUAAAUCUUAUUACCGUACAUGUAAUAACCAGUUACACCAUAUGUGCUGUAUUCUCGAAAGCAAAUCUACAAGUCGUGCUUUGAGAACAUUGAUCACAGUAGUCUAAGUAUGUUGAAAAUCUCUCUUGUUAAAGGUAUAAUUGAAUACACUCAGGGAUAGCUCUUGGUGAGCAGAACAUUUCACCAGAUAUCUAUUUAAACUUUAAUAAUUGCAAAAACUCAGUUAUUUAAAAAAAAAAAAAAUUGCAAUUAUUACGUAAUUUGUUUUUGUAAAAUGAAAAUCGAAUUUGCCAAUUGUUUUGAAAAUGAGCAACUGGCUAAGUUGGCGAGUGCCAGAGCUAGCCCUGGAAAUGGAUAACUGUUGGACAUAAUGAUUUCAGAUGGAUGGAGGCUUUGUUUUAUUGUGGACCAAAAUCGUCUAUCUUGUCUCCCAAGCCAAGGCCAGCCUUUUUUUUUUAAUUUUUUUUUUCUUUAGUGUUCAUAUGGGUGGGGUUACAUGUGACAUCUCUCUAGUUCCAUUUGUCAUGUUUAGUUCUUCUGUACAAAGUAUUGUUGAUUUUUCAGUUUGUGUAUAUUAAAACAAAAAAAAGAAGAAGAAACAGAUGUUAUGAAUGUCUAUGGAAUUACAUGUGGCUUAUUGGUACAGUUAUUUAUGUGUGAAUUUUUUUUUAAUUUUUUUUCCCCCGUUUUUUUUUUUUUACUAGAAACUGUCCAUAUGUUCGUUAGUACUUUGAUGUUUCUCUCAAUUUGCAUGACAAAUAGAGCUCACGUAGUCGGUUGAACAUUUUGUUGUAUUAUGCCAAGUCUGCCAGCCCUUAACAGGGUUUCUGCCAGAGGGUAAAACGGGUAUGGCGCCAUACCCAAAUAUUUUUGCAGAUUUUAUUUUUUUAAGUUAAUAUUUUGACAAAAUUAAUAACUCUUUAUCAUUACUGUAUGAUUUUC